UCCGUCAGGUUUCUCGGGAUGUCACAAUAAUUUUAGAAAGUAUUUUGCUAACUUUUUUUUUUAUUUAAAAUAAGUCAGAAUGGAUUGGUUUGGAAUUACAUGCUAUGGUGUAGCAGACCCUAUAAAGGAUUUUAUGGAUCCAAAUUAUAAUGAGCCAGUUAAAAUGGAAAAUGUUUUCGAAAAACUCAAAAGAUAUCCGGCUGGUACCAGGCUGAAUGACAUUUCGACUGAUUUUGAUCCAUAUUUGGGGACUUGCGACGGAUAUGCAUAUGGAUCAUUUGAUAGAUUGGACAAAAUGAGAAAGAAAGGUUUUUUGAAACCCGUUGGACCCCUAGAGAUGUACCGUAAAUCUGGGACAGGACAAAAUGAUUUUGGCUUUUUCCUGAAGGAUACUGAACUAAUGGGGAAGGAUUGGCACUAUACGAAACGUCUGUCCAGAAUCAAUUCUGAAAUGACAAACUUCUUUAACGAAUGCCUAAAAAGUAAUAAAUAUUUUCGAAUGUGACCAUUUUUAUUUAUCUUCUUCUUCUUCUACAAACAUGUUUUGCCAAAAUAAAGUGUUCAUGCUAUCGACAGUGAAAUGGAGAGAUCCUGAUAAGAAAAUGAAUAAAAAAAUAUAAAGAAUGUUUCAAAAUUAAUGUUUCACAGGCUUCAGUUUUGAAAAGGUACAAUACCCUACGAUCAAGGGGUAGGCAAAAAGGAAAUACGUACAAGUAUAAAGGCAUGAU